AUGGUCAAACCUUCAGUGCCAUCCAAAAACAUUCGCCGUUACUCGAAGAUUCGAACUGCUGUUUUCCUUUGCAUCUUGGCUCUUUUCAUUUAUGGUCUCGACAACCAUGUAUCAGGCGUGAACCAAUUUCAGCUAUUGAUCGAUGACACAUCAGAACAGAGAACGACUGCCGGGCACGGGGAUAUUGCCCCAUCGGAACAAGAUCGUCAAGCUCGUGAGAUACUCAAUAGCAGGGUAGAAUCGAAAAGUGAGGAAGAGGUGGAUGUUCGUCAGGAUAGAGCAGACUCGUCUAGAGAUGAAGAAAUCAUUGCUCCAACUCCACCUGAAUCGAAGGCGGAGAGAACUGAGUCUGCUGGCGCGGCUACAACCCCUCCUCCGUCAGUCAAAGAAUCACCGAGCCCGCUACCAUCGAAGUCAGCGGUAUCAGGCUAUCUUAUGUAUGUCUUGACGCUGCAAGGUGUCGAGGGCGCAGACGACAGCAAUGCUCAGAGAUUUGACAACUUCAAACGACACUGGAGCAUCCUAUGCAACAACACUCAACAGGCAAUUGAAGAGCACCAACAGGUCGUCGCAGAAGAGAUUCACUUUCAUAAAUGUCCAGGCUACUUGAAUCCUAUGGGUGCGAAAUUUGGAUAUGGCUUGACAAUGGCAUACAAAGAAUGUUUCGAUUGGGCGUUGGAGCAUCAUAAAAAAUGGCACACUGAACACAACACCAUCAGCAAUAAGAAUAGGGAUAUUCCAUACAUAUUCUUGGAAGAUGAUGCAAGACUCUAUAAUUCCAAUUUUUGCCAUUCGGAAUAUCGGAAUCGACUUUGGGAUGCGGCUCCAUCGGAUAUGACAGUGUUGAUGUUGGGCGGCCAUAACUUGUUUCUGCAAGACCAACCAGGAGCUGAAGUGGAAAGGACAGAUGGCGUUGGACAAACGGGCAACGACGGUAUCAUUCCGACCUUUCGGAGACCAAAUCAAAGCGCUGGAAGUUAUGGAUUUGUUGUUCCCAACGCUGAAAGGGUCGCGUACAUGAGACGAAAGGUCAUCAAAAUGCUUAAUCGGACCUUCACUCCAGAAGGCAUGGUUGACUUCUUUGGGAUUGACAAACAAUUCUACCAAUACCCCAUGCUGAAGGUAUACGUUACCCAACCGUGGCUAGUGUAUCACGAGGGAGGCUUGUGGUCCAACAACAAGGAUCGUGUGCGAGGCGAAUAUGGGCAAGGAUCUGGCCAGUAUCGGUGGGUACCUGGCUUGACUGGGUCAUUUCGGAAUUGCUCCAUGGACGGAAAUGAAGCUAAUAAGUUGCACAAUGGUCCAGCAUUAUCGGCAACGCCUGAAAGGGGCCAUUGGUACGCUGAAGGAAGCGUAGUAGUUUCUUGUCAGCCCCUGACGAUACGGAUACCACAUCAAUCUUUGGUCAUGCUUCAAACUAGCACAACACCGGAUAGGCUCAUUGCAGGAGUAGUAUCGCAUAGUACUCGCUCAAGUUGGCGCUCUGUCAUUCGAUCGACUUGGGGGAAGCCGGAUGGUUUUGUAUCCAACGAGAAGAAGGGAACAACGACGAACCAUACACAAGUCAAGGUAUAUUUCCUGGUCACAGGACCCUGGGAAGAAGUUGCUUCAGAAUUUCGAGAGCAUCAAGAUUUGGUGUGGAUUGACCAAGGUACGAUUGCCACCACCAUGGAAUCAUCAUUGGCAAGUCUACAAGUGGCUUCCUUCAUAAAGUUGGUUGACGACUACGCCUCCGAUCUUUAUUCGUACCUCCUUCGGGUACCCGAUGAUGCCUAUGCCAAUCUUCCUGGCAUUCAAGCUCAACUUGUUGAGCAUCAGGAUAACCACACUGGUAUGUGGGGUACCAAUUGUCGGACAGGAUUCCGCCCUUUUCACAUUGGCAUUCCUGAAACGCAGUAUUCCGAUUACUUUUUUCCAGAAUACUGCAAAGGGAAGGCAUAUGCCUUAUCCCAGCCUUUCGUCCGCUGUGCGGCUGCUCAUAUUGCCGAUACUAGAAUCGUCUCCUUGGAUGAUACAUAUAUUGGUUUGUUGGGAGAACGUUGCGGGUUGCAGGAAUCUCAAUUUCUGAGUAGCAGCGGUCGUGUAAAGGGAGAUGAGCGGCUGCUGAAAUUAAACUUUACGCAAGAAGGUGCUAUGCGCCGACGGCAUGCACAGCAGCAAUUGUUUUGGUCAUGA